AUGUCAAUAAAUCAAACCCAGGAACAGGCCCAAGCUUUUCAAAAAUUCCGAUCUCUAUUACACAUACAUAUUUUAUUUAUAAAAUUUAAAAAGGUUCGUUUUGUGUCACCGUUAAUUAGCCAUCGCCAAGUUUCAUCAUUACCUUCACCUCCUCCGACGCCUCUUUUGUCUCCAGUACUUACUCCACCACAAUCUCCAUCAUUGAAUCAACAUACCUUUAGGCAUUCAUUGAAAGACAACAGUAAUUCAAUUCAUCAUAGAAAUUUAAUAACUUCAUCUAGAUCGUUAACAUGUUCUCCACAACGAGGAAUUUGUAAAGAGAAGACGUUAGACCAAUUACCUCAACAACGCUCAUUAGCCUUGCGUUUGGUUCAAACAUUAAUUAAACAUUCCUAUAGUUCCGAUUCUUUACAACAAGCAUCAAAAACAUCAACAACACCGCCGAAAUUUUAUCGUUCAAAAUUACCUUCAAAACAACCUUCUUUGCCAACUUCAUUUUCAUUAAAUUCAAUUUCUUCAUCUUCCAAUUCAGCAAUUUACCAACUUAUUUGGAGAGAUGAAAGACAACGCUCUUUUGAUGAAUUAAAAGGAAAAUUAGGCAACCACCACCACCACCGCUCUUCUUCUUCGUCCUAUCCUUCCAGAGCCCGUUGUAACUUUCGUCCCGAGGGCGUGGUCUUCCAUAAUUCUGUUGGUGGGCCUUCUCUUUCAAACUCUUCUUCUCCUCAAACCUCUUCUUCUUCCACCACCACCAACUCCUCUUCUCUUCGUUUAGCUAAUACCACCACCACCCCCAGCGCCACCACCACUACCUUUCAUGGCAGCAGCACUCUUGGUGGUUGUGGUGUCAAUAUCUGCUGCCGAGCGUCUGCCGUAGAGGAAACUACUAAAAGAAAAAAGGAAAAAAAGCGCCCUCCUCCUCCACUCUUCUGCCAUUUCCACAAACCAGUGGAGCACCAAAAAUUUUCUUCUUCUCUUUUUCAAUCUAGUCAAAAAAGAAUUUUUUGUUGGCCACCACCUAUAUUAGCUGGUCAAGUGAUUUUAUUUAAACAACAAAAACGACGUUUGCCAAAUAGUUAUACAUUUCCUCCACCUGUAAUAAUGAAUGCUUCUCCUUCACAUCAACAACAACAACAAGCUUAUAAUGAAUUGGAAGAUUUUGAUGAAGAUUUUGUUCCUCGUUCGUCUAAUACUGCUAGAGAAAAUUAUAGGAAUUCAAUGGAAGGCCAUAUCGAAGAAAGAACUCAAAUUCGACGAAUGUCACUUAAAGAAUUUAGUGGAUUGGAUUUACUGGAAGAACAAGCAAAUCAAAAAGCUUCACUUUCUCCAAUGCUUCAUCCUUGGAGAAGUGGACAACAAUUAACUCUUGGAAGUUUAAUUGAUAAAUUUAGUAAUCGACGUCGUUCCUCUUCUUCUGGGGGUGCAAAACUUGAAGGUGCUGGUCUUCAUCAUUCACAUUCUUCAGAUGAUGGAUAUAAUUCGUUUGAUCGAGUUUUAGAUGGAAUUAAUCAAGCAAUACGCGAAACAAUUGCAACAGAAAAUACUGAACAAACAACAACAAAAAAUGAGGGAGGAGAAAAGAAUGGAGUUAACAAUCAUCAUUUAGAAAAACAAUAUAGCACUGGACGUAAUACUUUUGGACAAACAUUGCAAAGGUUUUUUAAAUUUAAAAAUUUUUUUAGAAUUUUUAAAAGAUUAACAAAUAUCCGAAAUCAUCUAAAUUCAACUUUACAAUCUGUCCCAAAUGCCAGUCCAAGAAAAGCAGCAACAUCAGAACCUGAUUGUGAAAAGUUGGUGUUGCUUAAUGAAUGUAAAGAGCUUGUUAUUGCGUGUAAAGAUAUGGUUCGCAAUGCUAACUCUUCUUCUUCAUCACCACCUACAAGUCAAACAACUCUUCAAACCUCGUCUUCUACUGACUGCCAUCAACUUGUCCAAACAGUUGUGGAUAGUGCUGAAAGAGCUAUAGAUAGUGUUGAAAUGUUGAUCAGAAAAAGCAAUUCGAUAUUUCAAGCUCAACAGUUAACUUCAAAUGCAGAUCAGUUGUUGAAGGCACUAUCAGAGACUGUACGUGAAGUAGAAAAAUGUCAAAAGCCAGCAGUUAAAUCAAAUGAACAAGUAAAACAACUUGUUCGCUCCAGUACUGUGUUGACAGCAAACUUGAUCAGCUUUACCGAAUUGAUUCGAAAUAUUUGAAGAUGAAAAAGAUGGACGAAAAAGAUGGGAUUGUGUGAAGUAUUUAAUUAAAGUUAAAUUUUAAUUUAACAUUUUUAUUUUUUUAUUUCCCCUCAUUUCCUCACAUUUCCUCCUAUCACUAUUUUUUUUAAUUGAAAUUCAGUCGAACCUCAUUUUUAAAUACCUCCAAGAUUUCUUAAUUUACUUCUCCUCAAUUUAGGAUGUCGUUUUUAAGAUUUGGUUGCGCCUGUGACUGUGAGAGCCACUUUCAUUGAGGGGAUUUGGUGGAAGGGACUGUCACUGACAUGAGUGAAAGGGACUGAUCGAAGUCUCAUAAGAUACAUUUUUCUUUCCAUAGGGUGUAUGUGUAAAAUCGAGGUCCGACUGUGAAGAUGUAUUUUUUAAAAUAUUUUUCAUUUAUUUAAAAUUAUCAAUGCUUCUUAAAUUUUAUUUUAUUAAAAAAAUUUUAAUAAAUUUUUUUCAUUUGAUCUUUAUUUUUUUUAUUCAAAAAACAUUUAAAUAUUCAUUUAUUAUUUAUUUUUUCAUUUUUCACAAAUAAUUCAGCUUAAAUUUUUUUAUUGUUUCGUUCCUAUCAAAAUUCCUCUCACAUGUUAAGAAGUGUCACGCGCUCUCUCAUGCAUUAGUCAGGUGCCUGUCCUGUCCCCCUAAUACCGCCAAACCACGUAAAUUGAUAACUAAACCCUUCCUCUUCUUUAACCUCUUCUUUUCCUUCUUUAUUACUUUUUCUGCUAGCAUAGGCU